CCAUCCCCAUAGUAGGAUCGGCGAAGUGAUCUAGUGGGACCAGACGCGAUCAGCGACAUGAAGAUCGCGCGUGUGGUCACGGUUUGUGCUGCGUUGAUAUCAACCUCGCUCGGCGCGGAAACUGAACGUUCCAAGAGACGAGCACAGCCGAAGAGCCAGUUGCCUCAACCGAGGAUAGAAAGUGUCAGCACGACGCCGGUAACAUUCACCACCCUUCGGCCGGAAAUAAGGCCCUUCGGCUCGCAAAUCGACCCCAGUGUCUACCCGGUUGGUUCUAGGAGAAGGGCACCAAGGAUUCGUACUCCUCGGUUCGCCUUUAUUAGAUCCAGGAAUAAUCGUCAUCGAAGACAGCUUCAUCGACGCGGGAGAAAGAGUCGUUUGGGAAGAUCUUUCGACGUGACCGACUCCAAGAAGCUAGAGCUGGUGCAUGGUCCACCCGAUGAGAUCCACCUCGAACCCAUCUAUCGCGUAAUCAAGAACAAAAAUAUCUUCGACUCGAUCAUUGAUUUGAUACGACGAUUGAUUGGAUCGAAGAAGCCUUUGGGUCCUCUAGUGGGUCCUUUCCACUUCCCCGGUGUGGGUGACAAGGUUUACGUGAGACUCCUGGAACCAGUGCUCCCUAACCACCUGGUGAUCCGUUUGGUGUCCCAUUUGCCAGCCACGGAGAUCGAGGCCGCUAUGGAGAAACAUAUCUCUCCGCCUAUUCAUAUACCAAAACUUUCUCAGAUCCCAUCGAUCAGCCACGAGUCCUUCGUUGUGGCCCCCAAUGAGUUGAUCGAUUCUUUCAGCAAACACAGUGUAGCUGCAUCGGACAGUUUGUUGUCCUCCAGCAACCACCUGGUGCAGACAUCUAAAGCUGCAAAGAAAUCGGGUGAAAAGAUGCUUGGAAAUAGUUGGCACAAUGGGGUGCACAUAUCCGAGACUUAUACUAAGAACGAUCAUAGGAAUUCGACGAAUCCUCGACCUCUAUGGUCACCCGAAAUCAGUCAAGACGAUUGGAAAUUUAUAGAUCCGAUCAAUGAGAGCAGGUAUCAGGAUUCUUUCAACCAGGUGUACGAGUCGAGUAAAGAGCCUGAAGUGUUGAAGUUCAGUAUCGAGGACUUCCACGAUCCAUUGAACGUUACGGACUAUCAACCUUCGGUUAAUUCGUUUAUCCCUGUCAGGGAUUAUGCUUUGGAUAAUGAAUUUAAGAAUGCUGAAGCUUCUCCUAAAUACAGCCUCGAUUUUGUGAGCAAGAAGAUGAAGUACCUGAACCUGGACGGAAGUGUCGACUCUUCUGAAGAGAAGAACGAUGGAAGUUUGAAAUCGGUUGGAAAUGGUCCCAUUUUCUCGAAGGUUGAUCGCGAAUGGGGAUUGGUCAGAAGAAUGCGUGUAAGGAGAAAGGAAAUUAAGACGUCGUCGAACAGCGAAAAAGGGGUGCAAGAAAGAAGCAGCACUGAAGCGUUUCCGGAAGUAGACAGGAAAUCGGAUGGUGAUAGAUCGAAUUAUUCUAUGAAUAAGCUUAGAAAUAAUACUGUGACAGGGUUGAAAGAAGAUGGAAAUUUUGGCCAGCGUUAUAAAAAUGACUCAACUUCUAUAAACCCCACGAAAUCAGAAUCGAUUAAAAAUUCCACCGAAUCUAGAGGAAUAUAA